AUGGCUUCUGUAUACAAGACCCUGUCCGCCACAGACAACCAUGACAAGGAGACGGGAGAGAAGAGGAACAAGCAGCGUGUCCUCAUUCUGAGCUCACGAGGUGUCACAUUCCGCCACAGACAUCUGCUACAAGACUUGUACUCCCUCAUGCCCCACAGCCGGAAAGAAGCAAAGUUUGACACCAAAACAAAGCUGUAUGAGCUCAACGAACUCGCAGAACUCUACAAUUGCAACAACAUCAUGUUCUUCGAAGCCCGCAAAGGCCAGGAUCUCUACUGCUGGAUGUCCAAGCCCCCCAAUGGCCCGACUGUCAAGAUGCACCUGCAAAACUUGCACACCAUGGAGGAGCUCAACUUCAUCGGCAACUGCCUCAAAGGGUCCCGUCCUAUUCUCUCCUUUGAUGCCGCCUUCGAGAAGCAGGCACAUCUCCGUGUCAUCAAGGAACUACUGACCCAGACUUUUGGCGUACCAAAGACCAGCAGAAAGGUCAAGCCUUUUGUAGAUCACGUCAUGGGUUUCACAGUCGCAGCUGGUAAGAUCUGGGUGAGGGUCUAUCAAAUCAACGAAAGCGAGCCUGGCAAAAAGAAGAAUGCAGAGGGAGAGGACAUGGACAUCGAUCCAGCGCCCAAGAAGAAGAACGGCAAGACCGAGUUGGAUGUCAGCCUGGUCGAAAUUGGUCCUCGCUUCGUUCUCACCCCCAUUGUCAUCCAAGAGUCCAGUUUUGGUGGGCCCAUCAUUUAUGAGAACAAGGAGUUCGUCUCGCCCAACCAGGUCCGUUCCGAUCUCAGGAAAUCCAAGGCUGGGAGAUUCAACACGCGAACAGAGGCACAGCGGGAUCGCAAGAUCAAACAUGCCGACCUCGGUCUUACCUCCCAUGGAGGCCGCAAACCGGAGAAGGAUCCGCUCAGCGACAAGGUGUUGUUUGCAUAA